AUGUGUGCAGCAGCAUUCCCAGUGCCUUGGUGCGUGGGCGCGUCUACCUCGAGAGUCAACCGCAAGUUCAAUUCGGCGCGAGCGGCGCUGGUUGAGGCGAAGCCGAGCGCCGCCGUAGCCCUCUCGCGAGAGAGAGACACUUCGGUCUUGGUUCCCGUGCCGUCCGUCCGAGACCGAGCUGAUGAUAUGCAAGCGGAAGCCGCGGCCAUGGCCCGCGCGGCCGGCGCUUCCGUCUACAGCCCGGAGCUCUUGGCCACCAAAUACGGCUCGCGCCCGAUUAAGGUGGCGCGCAGGGCGGUGGAGAUAUUUUCGGGAUUAGGUUCAUUUGCCAUCAGCUUGUGGCUCGACCAAGUCAAUGACCAACUCGAUCGGAACCAGAGACGUCGUGCAGUUCAGCUGCGGGAAACUUUCAUUAGAUUGGGGCCCACUUUUGUCAAGAUUGGCCAGAGCUUAUCUACCAGGCCCGACUUGUGCCCACCCCAAUAUCUUGAGGAGCUUUCUCAGUUGCAGGAUGCUUUGCCUACAUUCCCAGACGCAGAAGCAUUUUCAUGCAUCGAGAGAGAGUUGGGAUGUCCACUUGAUUCUAUUUACUCUUCAAUAUCCGCAUCCCCCAUUGCUGCUGCCAGUCUAGGCCAAGUGUACAAAGCAGUUUUGAAGCGCUCUGGGCAGGUUGUUGCUGUGAAGGUACAAAGGCCUGGAAUUGAAGAAGCUAUUGGGAUGGACUUUUACCUAAUAAGAGGCUUGGGGUUUCUCAUAAAUAAAUAUGUUGACUUUGUAUCAAGUGAUGUUGUUGCUCUUAUUGAUGAAUUUGCUCGAAGAGUUUAUCAGGAGCUCAACUAUGUUCAGGAAGGGCAAAAUGCAAGGAGAUUUAAAAAAUUGUAUGCAGACAAGGAAGAUGUCCUUGUCCCAGAUAUAUUCUGGGAUUACACAAGUGGAAAGGUGCUAACAAUGGAUUGGGUUGAAGGUGUUAAACUAAACGAGCAAGAUGCUGUUGAGAGACAAGGGCUCAGCCUUCUGGAUCUUGUGAAUACUGGCAUACAAUGCAGUCUUCGGCAGCUGCUAGAAUACGGUUAUUUUCACGCAGAUCCUCAUCCAGGGAAUCUCUUAGCUACCCCUGAUGGGAAGCUUGCUUUUCUUGAUUUUGGAAUGAUGAGUGAGACUCCUGAACAAGCAAGAUCAGCCAUAAUUGGUCAUGUUGUACACAUGGUUAAUCGGGACUAUGAAGCCAUGGCACGUGAUUACUAUGCUCUAGACUUUUUGUCUCCGGAUGUAGAUGUAUCCCCCAUUGUACCAGCUUUGAGGGACUUCUUUGACGAUGCACUAAAUUCAACCGUGAGUGAGCUCAACUUUAAAACCAUUGUGGAUGGUUUGAGUGCUGUUUUAUACCAAUAUCCAUUUAAUGUGCCUGCAUAUUAUGCCUUGAUUUUGAGGUCUCUCACUGUCCUAGAAGGUUUAGCCCUGUAUGCUGACCCCAAUUUCAAGGUGUUGGCUGCCUCAUAUCCAUAUUUCGCUAAAAGGCUUCUGACCGAUCCUAAUCCAUAUCUCAGAGAUGCUCUUAUUGAGCUGCUAUUUAAGGAUGGCAGAUUCAGGUGGAAUAGACUUGAAAACUUGCUUGUCCAGGGAAAAAAGGACAGAGAUUUCAAUGCAAAAGAUGCUCUACAACCUGUCUUAAAACUAUUAUUGGGCCCAGAUGGUGAAGAACUUAGGGUUUUAGUAAUUAAAGAAGCUGUCCGCAUUACUGAAGCCGUUAUCCUGGGCUCAGUGGUCGAAUCAUAUAACUAUAUCCCAGAUCCUAUACGUUUGCUUCUUUUUAAUGUGAACUCAACGGGACCAUUGGUAAUGAGCAGUGCUGAACAGGAAAACAUGGUUGAACUUAGGGCACAAGUAUUCAGAAUAUGGGAACUUCUUCGAUCAUCGGAUAACUUUGAUCCUAGUUUUUUGCUGCCUAUACUGCAGGUACUGCGAGAACCUGAAGCACGAGUUCUUGGUGGGCGUGUGGUUGGUGGAAUAACUCAGCGUCUUGCGGCGCGCUUGUUGCAGCAAGUUCUUAGAGAUCCACCUACAGUUUCAUCGUAA